AUGACGGAAAUCAAACCAUUUCUGUGCGCCAACACAGAAAAAUCGUUGUGGCGCAACGAGUGGAAGAAAUGGCUUCGGUCAUUCAAUAUCUAUGUGGACACAGAAGAAAUUUCAUCGGUAAUUAAAAAGCGGAACAAAUUACUGCAUCUCGGCGGACCACAGCUACAAGAGGUGGUGUACAGUCUUCCAGGCGCGUUAGUGCCGUACGAUGCGACAAAGGAAAAUGAUGUAUUUACACCACUGGUGGAUAAAUUAAAUGAAUAUUUUUCACCACAACGUAACGCCGUAUUCGAAAGGCACAUGUUUCGCAGCAUGGUGCCCCGCCAAGGUGAGUGCUUUGCCGAGUUCUUGCUGCGGCUAAGACAACAAGCCAGUAAAUGCUCUUUUGGAGCCACCAAGAUCGAAAUAAAGGAAAUCUGCAUCGCUGAUAAAAUCAUUGAUGCCUGGGCUAAGACUGCGUUGAAAAAGAAGCUAUUAGAAGCGGAGCUCAAGCUGGAGGAGACAAUAAAUACGUGCACAGUUGAAGAGCAAGUGAAUCAGCACCAAACAAAAAGAAAUGACAGGACAAAUGAUGUGUGUGGCCGGUGUGGAGCAGCAGACCAAGAUGAACGCAGUAUGGCAUGCCCGGCAAGAAACUCAAAAUGUAACAAAUGUUCCAGGUUCAGACAUUAUGCUCGGAUGUGUAAGACCACAUUGAAGAGACGUUUUGGAACACCAUAUGAUAAUCAACGCAAGCGACCACGAACCUCACAGUCCCAGGUGCGCGCCAUCGAUGAGGAGGAGACUAAGUGUCACAGCGACAACAGUUGGUCGAACUGUUUUAAAAUAACUGGUGAACCAGAAGGAGAAAAAACCGUAUCAUGUCUAGUUGGGGGAUCCCAGCUGCAAAUGAUAAUUGACUCCGGAUCACGGUACAACCUGAAAGGCCGUGGCGAUUGGCUGCAACUGAAUAGUGUACAUGCGACAGUGUUCAAUGUUCGUACCAACUCAUCUAUCCAGUUACGAGCCUAUGGUUCGGAUGACGUGCUAAGGGUGACUAACGUUUUUGAAGCUCCGAUAAGAAUUCAGGAAAGACCAGAGAUGAUUGCUACAUUUUAUGUAAUUGAAAAUGGUAGACAAUCGUUUCUAGGACGGGACGCGGCCGUACAACUCAACGUCCUAAGAUUUGGCUUAGGCGUAAAUAGAGUGGAUUCGUGCGCACAUUUUCCGAAAUGGAAAGCUUCACCUGUGAGAUUGGCCAUAGACCACAAUGUGAGACCAGUGCAGCAGCCAAUGCGGAGAUUUCCGACUGCGUUAGAAGACCAAAUUGCAGAAAGGGUAAGCCAGGCUGUGCAGCAAGACAUUAUAGAGCCAGUCCAUGGACCGAGUUCUUGGAUUUCACCUGUUGUAAUUGCGUAUAAAGGAAGCGGCGAGAUAAGGCUAUGUCUGGACAUGCGAAGGGCAAAUUUGGCCAUCUUGAGGGAAAACUACCCACUUCCAACAUUCGACAUGUUCAUGACCAAACUACGGGAUGCGAGAUGUUUUUCCAGACUGGAUUUGAAAAAUGCUUAUCACCAAUUGGAGCUCGAUGAGUCAAGUCGGCAGAUUACCACAUUUAUUACACACAAAGGACUAUUUCGAUAUAAAAGACUGUUUUUCGGAGUUAACUCGGCUCCAGAAAUUUUCCAGAGGCGGCUGGAGGAAUUGUUAGCAGGCUGCCCCAAUGCUUUGAACUAUAUUGACGAUGUCAUCGUCUUUGGCAAAAACGAAGAAGAACACGACAAGGCGCUAACUGCGGUUCUGAUACCUACAACGUUGUCUUGA